GAGAGGGGGGAAGAGGAGGUGUUCUCUGUUCUCAUCAAAGGCGAAGAAAAAGGCGUCGUGUGUUGUGAAUCCGAGCCCCAGUAGAUCCCCUCGCUUUGAAACGAUAGAGCUCGCUUCGAUUCGAGUGAGACCGCCAUGGCUCGCCGCUACGUGUUCGAAGGGGAAGAGGAUGAGGAGGAUCUGUUCUUCGACUCAAUGGAGGAUAUCUCGUCCUCCUCUGGCUCGUGCCCCGGUAGCCCGGAGAAGCAAUUUUCGUCCUCCUCCUCAGAGGAGUGUUCCGUCGGAUACCGAGUUUGGAUGAACAAUCUCGACAGCGUGCGGGACCGGCGCGAUAAGUUUGUCAGAUUGAUGGGUAUGGAUCUGAGUUAUGCUCCCGGCAAGUCCGGUUCUGGUUUUGACAGCGAGCUCCUGCGAGAUGAUGAAAUUGUGCCGGAUAUUGAGAGGAUAAUGUCUGAUGAUGGAGCUGUUCUUAGAAGCUCUUCUUCGGAUAAUGGCUCUUCUUCGAUAUCUAGCUGGUCCACUGAGACGCCGAGCACGUCUGGUGACGGAGUCUCAGAGGAGAAUUUUGAGUGUAGAAUCAAGAAUCUAAAUGAUGGCACGGUAUUUCUUGUUGAUGAGUUAGGUAAGGAUGGUGACGUGAGAAGCCUACGCGAAGUUGGUUCUAAUCGAACAAUAACUGUUGCCGAGUUUGAAAAAAAUUUCGGUUCUUCUUCCUUCAUUCAACAGCUUAUGCGCAGGGAUGAUAGUAGUAGUACAUUGAACAACUCCGAGAAGACCGUGGGCAGGAGAAGGACGGGGUGGUUGAGGAGAUUGGGCAUUGGAGCUUCUGUUGUAGAUAAAGAAAAGAUUGAGAAUAAGUCGAGAUUUUCGGAAUUUGAUCAGAGCAGUGGUGUAAAGGUUGAAAGAGUUAAAGUCCGAACAUAUAAGAAGAAAUCGAAAGAAUUCUCCGCGGUCUACAAGAGGCAAGAUAUCAAAGCCCACGACGGUGCGAUUUUGACCAUGAAGUUUAGCCCAGAAGGUGCGCUUUUAGCCACCGGGGGCGAAGAUGGAGUUGUAAGGGUAUGGCGUGUGAUGGAAUGUGAACCGUCAGAUGAUUGUUGCAUUCCUGAGGACGAUCCGGCGUGCAUUUACUUUACUGUGAAUGAAAAUUCUGAAUUAGCUCCUCUGCAUGCUAAUAGUGAGAAAAAGGGCAAGACCAAGAACGCGAAAAGAAGUACAGAUUCAGCUUGUGUUGUAAUUCCAUCCAACGUCUUCCGGAUAUCUCAUGAACCGUUGCAUGAGUUUCGCGGACAUGUUGGGGAUGUCUUGGAUCUUUCAUGGUCAAAAGAUAAGCGUCUACUGUCAUCAUCCAUAGAUAAGACGGUCCGCUUGUGGCAAAUUGGAUGUACUAGCUGCCUCAAUGUUUUUUCCCAUUGUAAUUAUGUGACUUCUGUUCAGUUUGAUCCUACCAACGAAAAUUAUUUUGUUAGUGGUUCCGUUGACGGGAAAGUACGUAUCUGGGAAAUUCCCCAAUGCCAUGUCGUCGACUGGACUGAUAUUAAAGAAAUAAUCACUGCAGUAUGUUACCGUCAGGAUGGGAAGGGAAUAGUGGUUGGUACCAUCACAGGGAAUUGCCGCUUUUAUGAUGCAUCAGAUAAUCAUCUGCAGCUAGAAGCUCAGUUGUCUCUACAAGGAAGAAAGAAGUCUCCGCAUAAAAGGAUCACUGGGUUUCAGUUCUGCCCAACCGAUCCAAAAAAACUCUUGGUAACUUCUGCCGACUCAAAAAUCCGAAUCCUCGAUGGGGUUGAGAUAGUGUGCAAGUACAAAGGAAUCAAAAGUUCUUCGAGCCAAAUUUCCGCAUCAUUCACUCCUGACGGCCACCACAUUAUUUCCGCCAGUGAGGACUCCAACAUAUACAUAUGGAACCAUGAAAACCAAGAUGGGCCCACAAUGACCCAUGCGAAGAGCACAUGGUCUUGCGAGCGCUUCUUCUCCAGCAACGCAUCAGUUGCGAUACCCUGGAAUGGCUCAUCACUGAAAGAUAUCUUCAGGGGCCUAAACGUGAUUUCAGAAGAUUCGCUUGUGGGCUCUGGUAAUUUCACUCUGAGCCACGAGUAUUUCGCAGGUUUCCUCCCGAGGGGCUCCGCUACUUGGCCUGAGGAGAAGCUCCCCUCCGACUCGAUCACUGCGUCUACUCUGGAUAGGUUGCAGUAUAAGUUCCUACAGGCUUCUUGCCAAAGUGCUUCGCAUGCAUGGGGCCGGGUUAUAGUUACAGCUGGUUGGGAUGGACGGAUCAGAUCGUUCCAGAAUUGCGGGUUACCUCUGCACCUGUGAUCUUAUUACUCCCAAGUCGUGAUCCGUAGGCAGACUCACAUGGCUGUGUUAAAGGCACUGGGGCGUUCUCCUUUUCAGCAAAAGCGCUUAUUGCUGAAGUUGACACUGGUCCAAGUGGUGAUAAAUUAUACCGUACAAAUCGUCACAUGGCUUGGUGCUCCUGUUUGAUUGUACAUGGUCCCGAAUUGUACGUAAAACCCGGUGGUCCUUCGAGAUCUUGACGACCUCAAUGGAUUUUGGGUCUCUAUGUAGAUUUGUGCAGUGUAGGUUUAUGCAGGAGUUUGGUGUUCCUUUUUUUUCCCUUUUCCCUGUUUCCCCCCCCUUAAUAACAAACAUAUUUGACAAAGUAAAUGUAAAGCGGCCCCCGUCGCCUAAAAAUGAGUGGCGGGCAAGGGCGAGCGGGGAGUUAAUUGUACUGUUGGAUAGAGAAAUUCCAUUAAAUUAUACAAAAAUUCAUUUAUUUAUUCAAAUUAA